UAGAAAGACUGGGAUAAAAAUUACUGACAGACCGCGAACCCACCGCUGGUCCGCGGGCCAGUCCGUGUCUUUUAUCUAAUUUGAAGCGUCUUAUCCAGACGUAGAUUUUUUAAACACAAGAGUUCAUGCGCGUUGUGUUGUUUUUCCACAAGAGAAGAUACACAGCUUUUUUUUUUUUCGACCGUCUGCCGCGAAACGGUUGUCACACGGGCCGUGAAUCGGGUUCUGUUGCUGGGAGGAGACCACACACCGACUCGCCUCCCUCCAGCUAGCAUUAUUAGCUGGCUACGAUGCGUCUCUGCGGCGGUGGCUGUAUUUUCCACACAGCGGACCACUUCGCAACCACGCAGGUCUUUGGUUAAUUGUUUACACCGACGAGAGGACAGUGCUGACAGGGGGAUACACCACACCUUUCGAGGAUGGAUGCUGACACGUGUGCUGGUGUGGAUAGUACCAGGAAAAAAGUAGACCUAGCUGGGUCUGCGGAAGGCACGAUGGAUGUUGUACCUUUGGAAAUGUACGACUCCGCCAGGGCAAAAAUAGCUGCCAACCUGCGGUGGCUGUUUGCUAAAGCCUAUGGCAUUGACCAUAUUCCAGAGGAUUUAGGGGACCCGUUCUACACGGACCAGUAUGACCAGGAGCACAUCAAGCCACCUGUCAUUCGCCUGCUUCUGUCCUGYGAGCUGUACUGCCGUGUGUGUGCCCUCAUCCUCAAGACAGAGCAGGCUGCCACUCUUCAGUCCCACGUGUCAGUCAUCCAGGCUCUGUCCAGGAAGGGCAUUUAUGUCAUGGAGAGUGAUGAUACACCUGUCACAGAGGGCGACCUGGCCUGCAUGCCCAUCAAAAUGAGUGCUCACAUGUCCAUGAUCGAUGCCCUCAUGAUGGCUUACACAGUCGAGAUGAUCAGCAUUGAGAAAGUGGUGGCCUCUGUCAAGCGCUUCUCCACCUUCAGUGCCUCUAAGGAGCUGCCCUUUGACCUCGAGGACGCCAUGGUCUUCUGGAUCAACAAGGUGAACAUGAAAAUGAGGGAGAUUUCAGAAAGGGAGCACAAAGUGAAGCACCACCCCCUUGAGUCCCCAAGCCACCAAAAGUCUCCCUCCAAAUGGUAUUGGAAGCUAGUCCCUGUACGAUACCGUCGGGAGCAUGCAUCAGGUCGCCACCUGCCCUUCUUUCCACUGCUCGAAGACCUCAUGAGGGAUGUUUGUGAUGGAGCUGCACUGCUCACUGUGGUCCAUUAUUACUGCCCAGAUAUCAUGAAGCUGGAGGAUAUUUGCCUAAAGGAAGUACCUUCCAUCGCUGAUAGCCUCUACAACAUCCAGUUGCUCAGAGAGUUUGCCACCGAGUAUCUGAAUAAAAGUUGCUAUCUGACAACUGAGGAUAUGCUGUACUCUCCGCUUGUCCUCAAGCACAAUGUGAUGGUGUUCAUUGCUGAGCUGUUCUGGUGGUUUGAGACUGUGAAGCCAGAGUUCGUCCAACCCAGAGAUCUUCAAGAGUUUAAAGAUGCUCGAGCUGUAGCUCAUCCCAAGAGUGCCCGCCCAUCAGUGCCCAUCUCAAACGCCACCAAGCGCAGCUUUCUUGCAAGUCCUGGUGUGGCCGAUAACCAGAGCAGCCCUGAAGUCUGCAACAGGUACUUCCUGCACCCUGAAGAAUCUGACCCCUUUAAGGGGGGUCCAGCUUUCAGUCCCUCACAUCCACUGCUCCCCCUGAGGCAGAGACAACAAAAACAGCAAGGGGAAGACAGUUCAGGUCUGAGAAACCGUUCAAACUCCCUGUCUCAGGUGGAUGGACAACAACUCAGAGGCUCUGCUGUAGCRUGGCCCGACAAAAGGCAAAGGCCUGUGUCCACGCUCAGCCCCUUCAUGUUGCAUUCAGCCACAGACAGCGAUGCAGACGUUGUUUCUGGUGACAGCGUGAGUCUGGCUCGAUCAAUCAGUAAAGACAGCCUGGCAUCUAACGUCAUCAACGUCACUCCGAAACACCAGACCUCCGUCCACCAGCAGUCUCUCGCUGCCAUGCGAAGAGUCAACGGCCACAACCUGCUGAACAACGUCAACCUGGAGGAUGAUGAAGAAACUCURGUGGCAGUCUCGAGGACCGAUAGUUCUGUUACUCCCAAACGAGGYGACGGGGCGCAAGCUUCUGCUGCAGUCGGUCCCAAACCUUCCGCAGACUCCAAACCUGCUACAGAAGGCUUUUACCUUGAACCACUAAUGCCUGCUGUACUCAAAACAGCUAAAGAGAAGUCUGUAUGCCUGAACAAGGAGGAGGAGAGUGGUGAAGUGUCCCGGUCUACAGGCAGGGGCUCUCUGCGCCGAGGAGAUGGAUCUUCAGCAGCUGUUCGUAGGAAAGCCCCUUCUGAUCUCAGCCGAACAUUUACCCCUCCAGGCGAGAAGGAAAACGUGUCAGAGGAGGUACAAGCAGGGUUCAGACCAACGGUCACCAGCAGUGUGGAUUAUUCAUCCAGAGAACCAGCUGAAGGUUUUUAUCUUCAUUCAGAUUCUGAGGAACCAAAGUGUGRUCAAGGCCUGGAGGCCGACCUGGAAGACCUGGACGAGGAGGAGGAGGAUUUAGACGAAGCUAUUACAACUAAAGACUCAAACUUUCUAAGAAAAGCAUACACUGACAUUGAUGAGAAAGAAUCCGCUAAGCUCCAAGAGGACAUGAAUGUCAAAGAGCAUGAGGACAAAGACCUGAACGGCGGCAGUGGUCGGUCCAGUCCUUGUCUCAGCACACACUCCCAGGCCAGCAGCAUGGCCAGUGGCAGUGUGCGCAUGACCUCCUUCGCUGAGCGCAAAGCCCAGCAGCAACGCUUCGGCAGCAACCAUGACCUCCGCUCCAGUGCCUCCAGCUCCCAAAGGACCACUCCAGACGGAUCAGAGAGUAGCGGACCCCUGUCAUCUUCCUGGAGACUAAAGAGGGAUCAGAGCCCCUCUUCCCCCUUAGGAGGAUGCAAUCGUCCGGGCGACGGCGCGAACGUGCUGGCCUCUGAAAUAGUUCAGCUACGCAUGCAGCUGGAGGAGAAGCGACGGGCCAUCGAGCACCAGAAGAAGAAGAUGGAAGUGUUGUCUGCGAGGCACAGGCAGAAGCUGGGAAAAGCAGCCUUUUUGCACAUUGUGAAGAAAGGAGGUGGAAGAAGCGACACGUUACCAAACUCACUGAAAUCGGACAUCUCUAAAGAUGAGCUGAAUGGGGAGAAGGGACACUUGAGUAAAGAUGAUAUGUGUGUUGAUACCCUGCGAGGAGAGAAAGAGGUGGAAGGGACUGUCCCUCCUGGUGCCUUAGAAGCAGACAAAAAGGGAAACGGUGGAAGCUUUUAUCUAGACGAAGAAUUGGACCUGAAUGAGUGCAGCCGCUCAAUCGAACUACUGAACGAAGCCAUCGGCAGCAUCCAGCAGCAGAUGAUGCAGCUGUCGCUGCAGCAGGAGGUGCUGAUGAAACAGAAUGUACAGUCUCCGUCCGGUUCUGCUCCACCRCCUCCUCACGCAGCAGACAAAAACUGGAACUCUAAGACCGGAGCGGGUUUUCACUUUGUGGAGCCCCUCUCUGGUUCCGGCAGCGCUCCGACCAGAAAACCUCCCAAACUGAGCUCAGGCCGGAGCUCCAGGUCCAAGCCGUCAGAGCUAAAGAUGGCUAAGGAGCAGAGCCGGCACGCCUCCAGGACCCUCACCCCCACACAGGCUGGGUCAGAACCGUUACCAAAYCCAAGACAGUUAGCUGGGGGCAGGUCCCCCAGGGCCGAGCAGCCCGACAGCCCCAGAAACCCCACAGCCGGAGAGACCGUGGACAGACCGGCGUCCAGUCACGCCCGGAGCACCACCUUCCGCCUUCACGACGAGGCGAACAUGCGCCUGCCGACCCGAGUGGACCUGACGACCGUGGUGGCCCCAGAAGUGUCCUUCGAGUGUCCGUCCAGCACGGCGAGAGAGUCUGAGCUCAGCGCUUCAYAUGGUUCAGGAAAAGAGACCGUACCGUCGGAGGAGGCACAGCGCAGCAAAGCCCACCUGAUUGAGGUCGAUCUGUCUGACCUGAAGGCCCCCGAGGAAGAGGAGGGAGCUGAAAAUGGAACAACAGAGGGGGGCGAUGGAGAGCAGAAGUCAGUCAUGGGCUUUUUCUUCAAGGACGAGCAGAAAGCAGAGGAUGAACUUGCUAAAAAGAGGGCAGCAUUUUUGCUGAAGCAGCAAAAGAAAGCCGAAGAGGCUCGACUCCGUAAACAACAACUAGAAGCAGAAUCGGAGCUGAAACGGGAYGAAGUCAGACGGAAAGCAGAGGAGGAUCGUCUGCGUAAAGAGGAGGAGAAGACGAGGCGGGAGCUGAUCAAGCAGGAGUAUCUGCGGAGGAAACAGCAGGAGAUGUUCGAGGAGCAAGGCCUCGUGAAGCCCAAAACCCCCAAACCCAAGCAGAAACACAAACACAAAGCUGUCUUCAGAGAGGAAGCUUCCAGCGAUCAUUUCUCUAAGUGCUCUUCCACACUCGACAACCUGAGUAACGCACAGUCAGGCUCCAAUCUGUCUCUGGCAUCUGCAGCCACCAAUGAGGCCGACAGCGUCAACUCCGGAGGGGCUGGCUCUCAGCGCUGCGACUCGGUGGAGUCUUUUCCAGGCAGUCGUAACAACAGUCGAGCUGCAGAAAGAGACUGGGACAACGGCUCCACCGCUUCGUCCAUCACUUCUAUGGCUGAAUACACAGGUCCCAAACUGUUUAAGGAGCCCAGCGCCAAGUCAAACAAACCAAUCAUUCAUAACGCGAUCUCUCACUGCUGCCUGGCUGGAAAAGUUAACGAGCCUCAGAAGAACCAGAUCCUAGAGGAGUUGGACAAGUGCGAGUCCAACCACCUGAUGAUCCUGUUCCGUGACGGCGGCUGCCAGUUCCGGGCGCUCUACUCCUACUUCCCCGACACGGAAGAGAUCCAGAAGCUGACGGGCACGGGACCAAAGAGCAUCAGCAAGAAGAUGAUCGACAAGCUGUACAAGUACAGCUCGGACCGAAAGCAGUUCACCGUCAUCCCCGCCAAGACCGUGUCGGUCAGCGUGGACGCCCUGACCAUCCACAACCACCUGUGGCAGGCCAAGAGAGGCGCUGUGCCAAAGAAAAGUGGGAAAUAACAGAUGUGUUCUGAAGCUGCAGUCAUCUAAAAUCAUCAGAUCUUCAUCACGCUCCUUUCCUGAAUGGACUGCAACGAAGCUCGUUUGGAAACUGACCUCACCCGGGCAACACGUGGACAUGUUGUUGGUCCUAGGUAGAAAGAAGGGAAAUUUAGAAUUUGCUUCUCCAUGUGACGUCGGUGCGAUCGGUUCGGUUCAGGUUUAUUUCAUUAAAUUUUCUUUGAAGCAAGCAUGUGGCGUUGUUUCUCAUGUGGAGAACAAUCUUUUUUUAUUUUUAUUUUUUACGUGAAGUAUUUAUUAGUUCAGCACUGUAGUGGUUGUGAGCUCAGCUGCAGCACUAAAAUCCUUCCUUCUCUGGAAAAGCCUCCCCCUUUGGAUAGAUGUGGACACGAUAGCAGAGGAGAGGGGGUCUUUGUACAACCCUUUAGAACUAUCAGACUCGUUCCAACAGCUGUCACGUCCAACCAGGCUGGCAUUACCGUCUUCUGCCUCAUCAGUGAUCUCCAAAAAGCUGCUGCUCUGAACUGUUUUUAGUUUUUUUUUAUUUCUCUUUUCUUUGUCGGGGGGGCGGUCUCCCUCAUCUGUUGGCCUUUCACGCAUCAUGGUACUAUUGUCUUAUUUAUUCAGCCGCUUUUUAACUAAAUCGUGUAGCACUGGAUAUGUGUUCAUCGCAAAAAAAACCCAACUUCAAUGGUCUUUUAAGUACCUUUUUAUUAGUUAAAUCAUCCCUUUUUCUACAGGAUGUGGAAAAAGUCGGGGUUAAUAGGCUUUGGUACAACAAUGAUGCUUUUUUGUUUGUUUACCAUUUAGCUUUUUWAAAUUAUUUUUAUUGAAGCAAUGUGGUCUGGAGUUUACGCCRGUGUUGUGUUUUUAUCAGAAGGAGGGAUUCUGUUUAGAGCGUAGUUCUUUCUCCAUUGGACACGACUCGUCCUGUACAAAGGUGCACUCAUGAACAAUCGACAGCAGCUUUUCUCCUCCCCUCCCCCUCUGUCCUCCCGAGUGUUUCUGUCCCGUCUUUUACUCACACGAGCCGAGCUCUUAUUGUGAAAGGGCGCUUCCUUACAGUAUUURAUAUAAAUCCGGAGAGGUUUGUGUGUGAGGGGCAGGUUGUGGUUCUGUUGUGUUCCAACAUUAAAGAACAUUCCUCCAAGGUGUUAACAAACACUGCCACAUUGUCUCUAUUUCCUGUUUUUUCCCUAAAAAUUAAAAGUGCUUUUCUUUUACAUUCGUUGGCUUCGAGAACAACCUGAAAGUGUUGCACGAGCACUUUAUUUUACUUUACCUUGAAUGGGCAUGAAAACUAAUUUCUAACACUGCUGUUUGACACUCCAAUAAGUUUAAAAUAACGCUAAGAAGUUAGAAAUACAGCUGACAUCGAUUACUACUGCGGUCUCCAAAAAAACAACUCGAUACUUGAGAAGUCACUUUGCUGCAUUUUGAUGUUUUUUUUUUUUGGGCUUGGGGGCGGUGAGAUAACCGUAAAUGUAUGAAAGUAUAUUUUUAUGUUCACUAAACGAUUGUAUUGGCAUUUGGUCAUCAUUUUGUUACACUAGUGUACUUUUCAUCUUUGUUGAUUUUAUCUUUGAUCCCAUGGCAUCUAUUUAUUUUGAAAUGGAAGCACUGAAACAAUAAAAUUUCAAGUAAAUAAGCCACAUUUUUUUCA